AAGACGUAUGAGCAAUCUUCAAGAAGUAUCCAUUCUUUCUAACAGUCUCGGUGAAGAAUAUGUUGAUCUCCAUUGAAGCAUUUCUAGGUCCAGGAUUCAGCAGAGAUGAGUUUGCCCUGACAUGAAGCUACUACAACCAUAAUUGCUGAAAACAUGCUCCAGUCACAAACUCUCAAUGUAACUAUACUAGUGAUUUAGUAAAUGAAAGCAGAGAAUCUGUUUAUUAUGACAAAAGCUAACAAAAAUAACUCUAGUCAAGUGGUAAGACCUGGGUUCGAAUUCCGGCAGUAACAUUAACCUUACUAAUUUUGAAAAACGUUAAUAAAUUAAAGGAGGAACCCUAAUUGGUCCAAAUUAUUAGGGUUUAUGAUCGUUGGGGUUAUGAAAUUAUGCUAUAAACAUCAUAAAUCCCCAAUUUUUGAGUGAGUUUCUUAUUAUUGUUCUUGUUCGUAGUUUCAGAGAAAUUUGAUGACUGUGUGAUUCUACUUCUCGAAUUGCAAUAGACAGUUCGGGUCGGAAUCACUUUCAAACACUGUAGCAUUUGUUUGAAUCGUAAUCGCAUAGCCUAGUCUUUGUCAUGUAUUCUCUGAUUCGCCAUGGAAGAAGGUUGGUCGAGUUGCAGAAAUGGCGUCAUUUGAGUUUUUUAGUGCAAAAGGCAUCUCCUUUAUCCAAUUCAUUCUCCUCUGCUACUGUUGCACGUACGAGUUCUAGAGUUGGUCGAAAAGGUAACAACUUUACAGUCUCUUACCUCGUUGAUUCUUUGGGUUUAGCUAGAAAGCUCGCAGAAUCGAUUUCAAGGAAAGUUAGCUUCGAGGACAAGGCCAAUCCUGAUUCUGUUCUGAAUCUUUUUAGAAGUCAUGGGUUCACUGAUUCUCAGAUCUCAAGCAUUGUUACGGAUUAUCCACAAUUGCUUAUAGCUGAUGCUGAGAAAUCACUUGGUCCCAAGCUUCAGUUUUUGCAGUCUAGAGAAGCUUCAAGCUCUGAGCUCACUGAGAUUGUUUCACAAGUUCCGAAAAUCUUGGGAAAGAGAGGGCACAAAACUAUCAGCGUAUACUAUGAUUUCAUCAAAGACACUUUAUUACAUGAUAAGAGUUCCAAGAAGGAAAAGUCAUGUCAUUCUUUUCCACAGGGUAAUCUGGAGAACAAGAUCAGAAAUAUAUCGGUUUUGAGAGAAUUGGGAAUGCCUCACAAGUUGUUAUUCCCCUUGCUCAUCUCUUGUGACGUACCUGUCUUCGGUAAAGAAAAAUUUGAAGAAUCCCUCAAGAAAGUUGUUGACAUGGGUUUUGAUCCGACCUCUGCAAAGUUUCUCGAAGCUCUACGAGUUGUUCAAAGAUUGAGCGACAAAACAAUAGAAGAAAAAGUCAAUGCGUAUGAAAGGUUAGGCUUUGAUGUGGGAAAUGUAUGGGCAGUGUUCAAGAGGUGGCCAAACUUUCUGACACAUUCAGAGAAGAAGAUAUUGAGCACCAUUGAAACAUUUCUAGGCCUGGGAUUCACCAGAGAUGAGUUUUCCAUGUUGGUUAAGCGCUUUCCUCAGGGCAUUGGAUUAUCCCCAGAGACGGUUAAAAAGAAGACCGAGUUUCUGGUCAAGAAGAUGAACUGGCCAAUAAAGGCUUUGGUUUCAAACCCUGCGAUACUUGGAUACAGCAUGGAGAAGAGGACUGUCCCAAGGGGUAACGUAAUCAAAGCUCUCAUCUCCAAAGGAUUGAUCGGAAGUGAACUCCCUUCGAUAUCACAUGUCUUUAUAUGUACCAAUCAGGUGUUCUUAAACAGGUAUGUGAAGAAGCAUGAGGACAAGCAGCUGGUGACUGAGUUGAUGGCUAUCUAUCGUGCUUCAUAGAUCGCAAGGCUUGUCAAGAAUUUUGGUUUUAUCUUUGAAUAUCUGAAAACCUCAAUUUUGGACUUUUUAGUUCUCAAUCAUAUUGGUCUGAACCGUUUCUCUUGCUAUAUGCUUAAAAUUGUAAUUUUGAAUCCCUUUUCUGAUAUAUUACUGAGGUUUGUAGCGUAGAAA